AUCCAUUCUCUGGAAAUCUGGCUUCCCGCAACUGUUCCUGGUUCUCAGUGCAGGAUGAUUGGGUUUGGUAUGAAGUGGACGCUCAGGCAGGGGCCUGUGGAAAUGAACUGAAGACCAACAGGACACAUGCCGUCUACUCCAACGCUUUGUUCAUCUACCCAAAUAAUCAAUCCUUCGCCGUUCCUGUGACUGUUCCCUUCUCCUGUGCUUAUCCUCUGAACACAGACAGCUCCCUGUAUAUGACAAUCAGGCCAUUCCUGCCGGUGGCAGCUGGUAUUUCAGGUGACGGUCCAAAAGCCAGAGCCUACAUGAAUCUGUAUCGUGACCCCGGCUUCACCGACCGUUAUUCAGGAAUCCAGGUCAGCCUCCCGGUGGGAUCACCGUUGUACGUGGGUGUCACUGUGGCGUACAGAGACACAAACUUUGGGCUUGUUCUGGAGGACUGCUUCGCCACUCACUCAUCAGACCCCGAUGAUCCCUCACGAUACCCCUUCAUCCAGAACCAGUGUCCUGCUGCCGGACAAGCGGUGUCCAUCAUUGAAAGCGGCAGGUCCCUCCAGGCUCGUUUUUCUGCUCUGCUCUUCGCUCUCCAGGAUGAUUACCCAGACAUUUUCCUGCACUGCAACCUGAGCCUUUGUGACCGGACACGUUACAGCUGUAUCCCACGCUGCAGAAGCAGAACAUCUCGCUCUGUUUCCAGCUCUGCUUCUCUGGAGCCCAUCACCAUUGGACCCAUAACUUGGCACAAACCAGCUCAGUGAGUCAGAAACCUACAAGGAUAAUAUCACCUCAUUUCAUAUUUUGAUAUUAAAUUGCUUUUAUUGAAAUUAUAUCUUCAAACAUUUUAACUGUAGUGAUAAAUAAACCGUUGUACACUUAAAUAUCUUCAGAUUUUGUAUCAUUCUUCAUUCUUUUGCAACACCAAUCAAAAAUAAGACAUGGAAGCUCUAAAAAUAAAAUGUGUCAAUGCUUGUUU